CGGCAGAUGUUCUUUCGCGCGUCAUCCACAAUCUAUCUCCCCACCCCCCACAUCCUACAUGAGCGGGGCCAUGUUCAGGGACCAAGGUCGCCUUCAUUUAUGUGGCCUUCGCCCCAUUUCAUUCAGCCAACUUCCACAACUUCUUCACGAAAAUGUCUGCUGCAAAGAGAAACCCACCCUUCCGCGCUGAGCACGUUGGCUCGUUGCUCCGACCGCAAGAGCUCGUUCAGAAGCGAUAUGACGUCGCUGCGGGCAAAGCUACCACCGCAGACCUUGAACCUUUGGAGGAUAAGUCAAUUGCGGAAGUCGUAAAACUGCAGAAAGACGCCGGUUUUCACAUCAUUUCCAGUGGAGAAUAUGCUAGGCACAUGUUUUGGGGUACCUUUUUCGAGGAGCUUCAUGGCAUGAAGGAGCUCCAGCUUGGCGUUCUGAAGGGAUACGACCAGUCCAUCUUCCGCGAAUACGCACCCGAUGUUAAGUCUUUCCUUGAAUCCAAGGAGAUCCCAAACGCGGUCACAGUCUGCGUGGACAAAAUUCGACAUCCAGGUCACUCCAGCUACCAAAGGGAGGUCGACAUCAUGAAGAAGCAGGUCCCUGAAAGCGAGUGGAAGAAUAUCAAGAUUACCAUGAUCUCCCCAAGCUGGUACCACUUUAGAUACAAGGCCGGCCGAGCAUACCCUAAGGAGGUAUAUGCUAACGACGAGCAAUACUUUGAGGAUGUUGCCAAAGCCUACCAGGAGGAAUUGAAAUUCCUCCAUGGUCAAGGUAUUAGGAACAUUCAGAUUGAUGAUCCCAACCUUGCUUACUUCUGCUCGGAGUCUAUGUUAGAGGGCUGGGCUGCGGACAAGGCCAACGAUAAAACUGCUGAUGAGAUGUUUGACGCCUACGUAAAAUUCUACAAUAAGUGUUUCGAGCGACCAGAGGACAUGCACCUUGGAAUUCACUUGUGCCGUGGAAACUACGUUGGCAGCCGUCAUUUCUCUGAGGGUGCCUACGACAUCAUUGCGAAGAAACUUUUCCAGGACUUGAACGUCGACACUUACUACCUCGAGUACGAUACUCCCCGCGCCGGUGGUUUCGAGCCCCUUGCCGAACUCCCCAAGAACAAGAACGUCGUUCUCGGUGUCGUCACGUCCAAGUUCCCCGAGCUUGAGAACAAGGACGAGAUGAUCUCUCGCGUCCAGCAAGCCGCCGAAUACAUCGCCAAGGGCACUGGCCAGUCGAAGGAGGAUGCUCUUCAACAGAUCUGCGUGUCGCCCCAGUGCGGGUUCGCAUCGCACGCCGAGGGCAAUGCGCUCGGCUACGAGGACAUGAGGAAGAAGCUGCAGCUUGUCCGAAGCAUCGCCGAUUCCGUCUGGCCCGGCCAGCCGUAGGCGAUCGGUAUGAAAAGAAUCUUUUGAUGAUUUAGCGAUGUUUGUAUUGUUGAAAAUCGAAUGCUGCUUUCAACACGGCGUUCUUGUUUGAGGAGAUUCAUUGGGUGGGGUUGUGGAGAUCAGUUCUUGUUCAACAUCUUGGAAAGCUAUAUGCAUGUUCUUUUUCUAGUGUCAAAUACACUGUUUCUGAAGGGUAAUGUCGAGAAUUCUCGGCAUUCAGGAGGGGUAAACAUACCCCCAUAAGUCGAUAAAAAGUAAAACCAUAUCUACAACCAUGAGUCGUAGAUCAAAUGAAAUCAGC